CAUCAUCAUUUCCUUAAUUAAUCAGAACUUUCUAUUACUACUUACUAAUCAUCUCCUCUGUUCUUCUUCUUCUUUUCUUUUCUUCUCUUUUAAUUCAUAACUCUGCUUCUCUCUUAACUUUUUUUUCUCUCAACUUUUUUGUACCAGCCUUCACUGGGAACUUGAACAUGUUGGAUUAUGUCCGGCCGUACUGUUCUGCAAAGUGAGUUCAUCUUGAAACUUAGACAUCUUCCAUAGCAAUUCAGAAGUAGAGGCAUGUCUAGCAGAUUGUACUAUCAGCCAAUGCAAGAAUUUGAGGCCUAUUGCAUGCCUCAGUUCCAAACUUUAGACCACCAGAAACAUGACAAUGCCGGUAUGCCAGUAACACAAUUAUCCAUUUUGAAUUCUCAUGACCAAUACUGCACCCUGGAGUCAUCUUCAGCAAAUGGUAGUUAUCUGUUUUACAACUCUCCGUCAACUGUCAGUUUCUCUCCAAAUGGAAGUCCUGCAUCACAGCAAGACUCUCACUCUUACCCGCCUGACCUUCACCAAUCUCCCGAUACUUACUAUGGCUCUCCAAUUGGUUCAUGCGUAACUGAUGAUGUCAGCGAUUUUCGGACCAAGUUGAGAGAAUUAGAAACUGAUUUGUUGGGUCCUGAUUUGGGAAUUAUUGAGAGUAUUGAAAGCACUUUUCAGAAUGGGACGUGCAUUGAGUCACCAGAAAUGGAUAAUUGGAGACAAACAAUGGAGGCGAUUUCUAGUAGGGACCUAAAGCAUGUCCUUAUGGCAUGCGCAAAAGCAAUGUCGGAUAAUGAUUUGUUAAUGGCACAAUGGUUAAUGGAUGAAUUGCGACAGAUGGUGUCGGUUUCAGGCGAACCAAUUCAAAGAUUGGGUGCAUACAUGUUGGAAGGGCUAGUUGCUCGACUGGCUUCUUCAGGGAGUUCCAUUUAUAAAUCUUUGAGAUGCAAAGAACCGGCCAGCGCUGAUCUUCUCUCUUACAUGCACAUUCUUUACGAGGUGUGUCCUUAUUUCAAGUUCGGUUACAUGUCGGCAAAUGGUGCAAUUGCGGAAGCCAUGAAGGACGAAAACAAGGUCCACAUCAUUGAUUUCCAAAUUGGUCAGGGGAGUCAAUGGAUUACUUUAAUCCAGGCAUUUGCUGCUAGGCCCGGCGGGCCACCACACAUUCGUAUCACCGGCAUUGAUGAUUCAACAUCUGCAUAUGCCCGAGGAGGAGGACCGAGUAUUGUGGGGAAGCGGCUAGCAAGACUUGCUGAGUCCGUUAAGGUACCAUUUGAAUUUCACUCUGCUGCCAUUCCGGAUUGCGAGGCUCAGAUAAAGAACCUUAGUGUUCGGCCAGGGGAGGCUCUAGCCGUAAAUUUUGCGUUUAUGCUUCAUCACUUGCCUGAUGAAAGCGUCAGCACUCAAAACCCACGUGACCGACUGCUGAGGCUGGUUCGGAGCUUGUCUCCAAAGGUGGUAACCCUCGUUGAGCAGGAAUCUAAUACAAACACUGCUGCGUUCUUCCCGCGGUUCCAAGAGACACUAAAUUAUUAUACAGCCAUGUUCGAGUCGAUUGAUGUAACACUCCCGAGAGAGCACAAGGAGCGGAUCAAUGUCGAGCAGCAUUGUCUAGCCAGGGAUGUUGUUAACAUAAUAGCAUGCGAGGGGACUGAGAGGGUUGAAAGGCAUGAACUUCUCGGGAAGUGGAAGUCACGGUUCAGAAUGGCCGGGUUUACACCGUACCCUUUAAGCUCCUUGGUAAACUCGACGAUCAAAUCUCUGCUAGAGGGCUAUUGCAAUAAAUACAGACUUGAAGAGAGAGAUGGGGCUCUAUAUCUUGGUUGGAUGAACAGAGAUUUGGUGGCAUCUUGUGCAUGGAAGUGAAACCUUAAUGAUCUGUUCGCGGCUCUUUCAAAGGCGGGAAGCUAGCCGAGGUAGAACUUCGAGCAUUUCAGGUUCUUUUUCUUCCUUUUGUGUUCUUUAUCAUGUAAUUCUCUUAUAAUGUGGAAAGAUGGUCAUUUCCUUUGAAGCCAUCAUGGCAAUGCUUUGUGUGGUCAAAAUUUGGUGCUUUUAGAUGGUCAGAAUAAUUCCACAUUAUUGGAGAAUUUUAGUGUUAGGUUUUAAAUUGUCGUUCUCUGGUAGUUCAAAUUUCAUAAUGAUAUGCAGAAAUGAUUUCUAGUUGAA